UGGAUGUGGAAAACAACUGCCAGUUGUGUCCUUCGAUAUAGCUCAGGCAGAUGAAUGGCUCAUACUUCUCACAGACUAUUAGUUGAAUGGGACCAGCUUUUCUGCUAAUCAUACAUCUGAAGUAUUUGGAAUCGAGGCUUUUACAAAGAUGACUCAUUUACAUGCUGGACUCAGUCCAGAGACUAUAGAGAAAGCCCGCCUGGAGCUCAAUGAAAACCCAGAUGUUUUGCACCAGGACAUCCAACAAGUCAGGGAUAUGAUCAUCACAAGGCCUGACAUUGGAUUUUUACGUACAGAUGAUGCCUUCAUCUUGAGGUUUCUCCGAGCCAGAAAGUUUCACCAAACAGAUGCCUUCAGGUUACUGGCUCAGUACUUCCAGUACCGUCAGAUGAACCUGGAUAUGUUCAAAAAUUUCAAGGCUGAUGAUCCAGGGAUCAAACGGGCUCUGAUUGAUGGAUUUCCCGGGGUGCUGGAAAACAGAGAUCACUAUGGCCGGAAGAUACUUUUGCUUUUUGCAGCCAACUGGGAUCAGAGUAGGAAUUCUUUCAUAGACAUUUUACGGGCUAUUCUGUUAUCCUUAGAAGUUCUCAUUGAAGACCAAGAGCUUCAAAUAAAUGGAUUCGUUCUGAUUAUAGACUGGAGUAAUUUCUCCUUCAAGCAGGCCUCCAAAUUAACACCUUCUAUCCUCAAACUGGCCAUCGAAGGUUUACAGGACAGCUUCCCCGCUCGCUUUGGAGGCAUCCAUUUUGUGAACCAGCCUUGGUACAUCCAUGCCCUGUACACGCUAAUCAAGCCCUUUCUCAAAGACAAGACAAGGAAAAGGAUCUUCCUUCAUGGUAACAAUCUGAACAGCCUUCACCAGCUAAUACACCCUGACUGCCUGCCUUCAGAGUUUGGAGGGACACUUCCUCCUUAUGACAUGGGUACUUGGGCUCGGACGUUGCUUGGCCCUGACUACAGUGAUGAAAACGAAUACACUCACACAUCCUACAAUGCCAUGCACGUGAAGCACGCAUCUUCCAACCUGGAGAGGGAAUGCUCACCAAAACUCAUGAAGAGGUCUCAGUCGGUGGUGGAACCUGGGAUGCUGAAACAUGAAGAUCAGAAUGAAAAUGAGAACACCCAGCCACUGCUGGCUCUAGACUGAGUUUGAAUGAGCCCUGACAUACCAACGCAUCACCAGACUUCAAUAGUAUAAGGAACCUACGAAGCAAGAGACAGGUUUCACACAUAUUAAUACACAUUCAGCUUGAAGUCAGGUUCUCCAUCUUUGCUGAGCAAGUAAGGAUCAUCACCAGCCAUCUGUCUGUGUGGCCAAAGCCAAAGGGGACAUUCCUUGUGGCCCAGAAUACUAAGCUAGAGAGAAGAGUCUGAUUGUAAAACAGAGAAUGUGUUCUUUCCCCCACCCUUUUAUGAUGUAUAAAUAUUAACGGUGACUGAAACAAGAAGGACUGCUUUCUGUGUUCACACAAAGAUAUAUCAGCUGAGGUUAUCUAAGCAGGGAUGCACUCCAGUUUUGUUAAAAUAAAAUUUAGAUCAAGUAACAGAUGUUAAAGUGAAGGUGUCUUGAGUUUAAAUAUUGAAGUAACG